UGUCCCAUCAAACUCAUCAAAGCUUGGCCACAUUUGACAUGUUUAUACAUAAACUCUGAGGAGGACUUCAAUUUUUCCAUGCUUGCGUCUUUUUUGUUCUAAAUUUGUUCAUGACGAGUUUCCAUUCUAGAAAACUAUGUUUUCCCUUUCAUGGCUCAAUCGAUGUUGCUACCAUGAAUAGGAGAAUCAGAACCAGUUACAGUCCAAUACCUUCUCCUCUUCCCUCAGUAGUUCCACGUUCAUUUCCGUGGUUUCAACCACCCCUCCUUGAUGGAGAACACGACCACCUAAACCUUGCAUCCAUCAUUAUAAUCGGCCUAGGUAGCAUAGCUUGUGUAAUUAUGUUUUUCCUCACCUUGUCCAAAAUCCUAAAGAUCUAUUAUUUAAAUAGAUACAACGUUAGCAGAAGAAACCCUCCAAUAUUAUUUGACGUUCGAGGAGAUUCUCCCUUUUCCGAUGACGAGGAACAUGAACAUGUUAUCAGGCAGCACUCCAUACGGUUCAGCCCCACAGAGGGUCUCCAGCAAUCAACCAUAGACUCCAUCACAGUAUACAGAUACAGAAAUAACGAAGUUUUGGUUAAAGAAACUGAGUGUCUUGUUUGCCUCGGUGAGUUUCAACAAGAAGAGAGUCUGAGACUGUUGCCAAAGUGUAGCCAUGCUUUCCACGUCCCUUGCAUUGAUACUUGGUUGAGGACACAUAAAACCUGUCCCUUGUGCCGCACCCCUAUUGUUCAUGAUGCUGUCAGUGUUGAUGGUGAAACUGAGUCUGAUUCAAGCGUUUCUGAUAUGAUCCAGGACAUGGAAGAAUGCAAUGGUAGUGGUGUUAUGAGGGUUGGUGAUGAAGAUUCUAGUGGUGAUGGAAUUGAAAUUUUGUCUGAAUUUGGUAGUGGUGAUUCUUCGGUUCCAAUUAGUCGUGCUUCUGAUGCUGCUACACAAGAAUUUGAUGAUGAAAAUGAACCCAAAAUGAAGAGGUCUUUCUCGGUGGAUUCAUAUGUUUUGUUUCUCCAAUAUACAAAGCUUAGACAGACCAAAAUUGGUGAUUGAAAAGAAAGUUCAACUGAAUACAAGUGGCUUCAAUCGAACAUGAAUUCCCACAACACAAAAUUCAAUGUUUCUGACGUAGCAGGAGUUCUGCUAGAUUAACCUGUCGAAGUCAAGUCAAAAAAUAGAAAGGUGUUCUGUGAUACUUUAUUGAAGCUUUUAGAUUUCAAGGUAAAGUUCAAUUCUAUAGUA